AUGACUCGUACUCGCACUUUGAAACAAAAAAUUAUUAUUCAUCCAGGCCGAGUAAGACGGCCUCGCCUGAAUAUUCGAAGUAUUCGAUGGCGAUAUUAUAAACAAGCUGAAUUUGCAGAUAACUCUCAAGAAUCUCCAGUUAAUAAUGACCUUAAGGAUAGUGAAGAUGUUUUAAUUAAUAAUGACCUUGAAGAUAGCAAUGAAGACGACGAUUUUGAAAACUCAUCAACUAAUAAUAAUAACCUUGAAAAUGAUUACGUAGAUGACAACUUUGAGAACACUUCAAUCAAUAACGACGACCUUAGAAAUAGUAGUGAUGACCUUGAGGAUAUUUUAGUCAACAACGUUGAGCUUGAAGAUAGUAAUGAUGAUUUUGAAGAUAAUAUUAGUGACUUUGAAAAUAGAGAUAAUGACUUCUCAAUUAAUAACGAUAGUCCAUAUACUCAAAAAAUAGAAGAUUUUCAAUCUCACCACGCGCCUGAAAAUGUAAAACGUCUUAGAUCUCAACGAACAAGAAUGUUUCUAUUAAAUAUAAAAAGUCAUUACAUUCCUAUUGAUAAUCGAAAAACACCUUCCACAUCAAAACAAAUUAAGCCUAAUCAACUUGAAAGGCGAUUUGGAAGAAUUGAGGCCAUUAUCUCAUUCUUACUACCAUCCAACCUUGAACAUCCAAAUGACCAAAUGCAAGACGCUUUAAAAAUGUCGAGAUUUUUAAAGUAUGACGAGUUGGGAAUUCAUUGCAGUCAGGAUAGAAGUCGACGAGGAUACAAAGAGCUUUGGAUAGUAGAAGAAGAUUACCAAAUUAUUCCUCUUAGCUAUAUAUUAAAACCUAUUUCAAUAUGGUUCGAAAAUGUUCUCAAACCUGUAACUUACGAUUUUCAUGUAUCUGAAAUUCUAUACCAAGACCCUGCUACGAAGCGAAUUCAUAUUCGACUAGUGAG